UCUGCUCCGUCUUAACACACGCCUCAUUUCAGCUCCGCAAACUCUGCUCAGAGAAUUCUACUGAGGGGAUGCACACGAAACACACGUAGGGCGAUGUCAGGAGAAGAAACUAAGUGUUCGGUUUAAGGAAAUAUGAUGUUCGGUAAAAAACGAUGGAUGCGAUAGAUUGCACUGAUCCAUACAGCCGACCAGCGCGCAGGACACAAUGGAUAGUCAGCACUCUGGCGUAUCACUACGGACUGGACCGGGGAGUGGAGAACGAAAUAAUAGUUUUGGCUACGGGAUUAGAUCAAUACCUACAGGAGAUUUUCCAUCAUAUGGACUACCAAGGUAGGGAGAAAAUCCCUGUGGAGGACUUUAAUAUCUUGUGUGAAGUUUUGGGACUGAACAAAGACUCGGAGGACACCGAAUGUAUCGGUAUUUUAGAUCAUUUACCCAACGAGCUCACCUUCCGACACUUCCACGCUAAACUGUGCGGAUACUUCAGCACCAAGGCCGGGUGUCAGUACGAGAACGGCCGGCUGCUGGUCGGGAAGGACAGCGAGCAUAUAGAGACUCAGAUCCGCCUGAGAAGCCCUCUGAGGCGGCGAGAGAAGCUGCUGUCUGUGGGUGUGAACCGUGGAUCUUGUCCGUUCUUGGAGGGACGACACGCCUCCGGCUGCAGGCUCGGAUACUGCACCAAAGAGUGUUAUGAGGAGAUCGUGGCGCUGGAGGAGGCAGAGGAUCGCAUAUCCAAACUGGAAGACGAGAAUGUGAGUUUGAGGGAGUUGAUUGAGGACAUGCGAGCCGCGCUUCAGAGCAGUGACGCCCGCUGUUUGGCACUGCAGGUAGGACUAUGGAAAAGCCACUCCAAACACAAACCAGAGGAAGGCUGUUUUGUUGCCCACCAGAAGCAAAUUUCCCAGAGAAGUAUGAGCAAUACCAGCCUGAAAGGCAGCUCCUACACCAACCUGAAGGACCUGCAGAACAUUAUCCAUGAGAUAGAGCUGCUGGGGAGCUCCAGAGACCGACAGGUAGAGGAAGCCAUGCUGUGUAAUCAGAAACUGGAGCAGGAACUGUGGAGCUCUAAAGAGACUGUGGCUGCCCUGGAAGACUGUAACCAAGCCCUGAAGAGGGAGCAGGUGGGCUUGAGGAAGAAGGUGGAGGAAGCCAGGCAGGUGCUGCUCAGCAGCCUGGGUAAAGUGAAGGAACUGGAAACUAUGGCUAGUCAUGUCCCAGCGCUGCAGCGACACAUCCUCCAGCUGGAAUCAGAACUCCUUUACCACAGGUCGGAAGUGUCAAAACUACAGUUACCAAGCAGUACCAGGACAGAGCAGCAGCUGAGUGGUGGCGGCAGGCCGGGCCAGAGAUGUUACUCAGACACACAACGUGGCCGCUGUUCUCCGACAGGGCGUGCUGUGACAACCCCAGAUAAGAUGGAAGAGCAACUGUUUCGCUCAGUGGAAGGCCAGGCUGCCUCCGACGAGGAGGAAGACAAGUGGACCGGAGACCAGCGGAGGCAGGUGGACGAGGUGAAGAGGAUCCUGACCAGGCUGUCCUGUUGUGGGGAAAGGUGCGACGACAAGGCGUUCAAGAAGCUGAUGUCUAAUUUUGGGAGCCUGAGGAGUGAGGAGAGCUGCAGUGCUGUCGUGGAGCUUCUGGAGAGGGUGACCAGGCUGCAUAAGCAGCUGGAGCUGAAGGAGAGCCAAGCAGAGUUAGACAUGGACCAGGUGAAGGACUCUCUCCUGCAGGAGCUGCAGCAGAAGGCAGAGGAGACCGAGCUGCUUCAGAUGGAGCUGCAGAUGCUGGAGACGGAGAGAGUCCGUCUGUCACUGGUGGAGGAGAAGCUAAUGGACAUCCUGCAGCUCCUCCAGCAGCUCAGGGACCUGAAUGUCUCGCGAAGGUCUCUUGGGAAAAUCUUGCUCAGCACUUUGGAGUCUUGCAGUGACCCACAACAUGGCAAAGCCCACAUUCUGGAGGUGCUCAAUGCGCUCUAUCAUGAGUUGGCUGUGUGUGAGAUUCUGUCUGCUGGUGGACCUUUAGAGCGAACACAGAGUCAGCAGUCUCUGAACGCCCUCAUCAUCUCCUGCUAAACAGGACUGCCUCCUGCUGGCCCUGAGAUGAUCUGACAACCUUUCUUGAGGACAACGAAGACUUAACAGUGGUCACAAAACAAGCAGAUUUAUGUGUAUAGUGUAUUAUACUGUAGCUUAUAUUCUCCUCAAACCUUUUUUAAAUAUAAAAGGAUAUUAGUCUAGAAGGCUAAUUAGUGUAGAAAUGGGCUUUAUUGCAUGUAAAGGAAAUUCAUGCUUACAUGUUUUUUACAAAAUCUUUUAUUGCACAAACUUUGAUAUGAUCCAAUAUGGAUGUUUUUCCACAACAAAGUUCUCAAUGUGAAAAUGUUGAAAUAAGCUAAACCUUAAAGGGACGUAAAAUAGUCUGUGAAAAGUAUUGACUUCCAGUGGCCAACAGGUCAAAAAUGAUAGGAAUUGAAAGUAAACUGCAUUUUUUUUCCAUGUACUUCAAUCAUUUAAAUCUGCAUGUCUAGCUCAAAUGUGUCACAUGAAAUGUCGACUACAUUUAAAUGUGGAGAACACAAUUGGUGUGUACUUUACAACCCUCAGGAUGCUUCAGUGUUGAUUAAUGAUAUUCAUGCUGCUUAUUCAUUAACAUAACCAAUAUUCAGCCAUUUCAUAUCUAUCAUUUAUUUGCAUCCAGUUGUUUAUCUGUCAGCGGUAUGCUGGCAUUCAAAAAACCUGCAAACUUAAAUAGUGACAGUCAGGCUUAAAGGUUCACUGUGGAGGAUUUAGUGGCAACUAGCAAUGAGGUUGGAGAUGGCAACCGACUGAACAGUCUCCUCUAAGGCGGUGGAUAAAAACACAAGAGGUCCUCUUUAGAGCCAGUGUUUGUUUAGUCUGUUCUGGACCACUGUAGUAAGUAACAUGAAUGACACCCUGUCUCUUUAAGAUAUUAAAGGCUCAUUCUAAGGUAAUGAAAACAUAAUUUUCAGUAUUCUACUUAAUCCAUCCAUUUUUUAUACUGCUUAUCCGUCAGGGUCGCGGGGGAGCUGGAGCCU